ACGUGGCUCAGACGUCACUUCUCACAGAUGCCAGAGGGAGCUGAUGACUUGACAGUUUAGCGCCAUAGCCGUGCUUACAUUCUCACUCUCAUGGGAUCUAUUCUGUUCGCCGACAAGAGUGGCGAUGCUGUGUCACUCUACUACUUGUCGUUCCUUCGAGACUGGGAGACAGCUUCGACCUACAGCUGGGGGAGUGCGACUCUUGGUUUUUUGUAUCGGCAGCUAUGUCGAGCAUGUCAGCGAGAUUCAAGACAGAUUGGAGGCCCGCUCAUCCUACUACAGUUGUGGUCGUGGGAGCAUAUUACUAUUGGCCGACCAUACAUUAGGAGGCCUCGAGAUCCGCCACAGGAGGACCCUGAGGCUGAGGAUGAGGAUGACAUUUUGGGGACUCAGCAUCAGCGAGGUGUUGACCCUUUGGCGUGCAGGUGGUUACGUGUCCAUCUAUCGUGUGCGCAUACUGCUUCUGGACUACCAUACUACAGAGAUGCGUUUGACCAUCAGCGCGAGGACCAGAUGAUUUGGCAGCCAUAUACUGAGGCGGUGAUGGAUCGACUUCCGGAGAUUUGUCGCUCAGACAUGCACAUUUGGCGUUCACGGGCACCUCUGAUAUGCUUUGACGUCGUUGAGUUCCACCUCCCAGACCGAGUCCUUCGUCAGUUCGGGUUAGACCAGCCGAUCCCACAGGAUGUAGACACGGACGUUGCUCUACACAGGAAGGAUCGAAGGGGACAGCAUAAUUGGGAGAUUCGGCAUUCGGACCAUGUACACGAGUGGAGUCGACGAGAGGCAUUAGUCGUCCAGGGAUACCCGUUCACUGGGACUUCUUCCCCGGCCAUGACAGAGUACAUGGCUUGGUACCGUCGCAUCACGAGACUGGUCAUUACUCCACCUUCGCAGGAGCGCCCCCCGAGUCAUUACCAGCCAGCUACCUCUGACCUCCUGCUUGCACAUGCAUUUGCUGAUUUGCACGUCCAGCUAUCGGGAGCUACUGAGACCAUCUCCCACUUGCCACCAGAGACGGCUAUACCAUUUGCCAUACAGACGAUGCAGGGUUUUACAUCAUUUUGUGGCCAAACCUUGUCUAGGGUGGGGCAGUCACACCUUAUUCAGCAGCCUCGACCGUCCACGUCUUCAUCUUCUACUGUGCACACUAUGCCGAUCAGACCACCACCUCAUCGUGGAGGCCAUUCAGCACGUGCCUUCCGUCCACCGACUCCUUCUCAGCAUACUAUCAUGACAUCUCCUCCACUAGUGCAUCGCCAGUAUCAGAGAAACCGACGGCGUAGCAACACUACGUCUGGGGUUGGAGUUGGCCUGGAUGACAUUCCAGAGGAGACAGCUGCAUCAUCUUCAUCGUCACCUCAUGGGAAGAAGCAACGCCCGAGCUAAGUGUAUAUUUUGGAACUAAACUAAUUUUUUUGUAAAUGCUUAGAAUUGGAUUUUGUUAUAUUUAAUCAAUUGAAAAAUAUUCGACUUUGCAA